GCUGUUGUGUGUGUUUUUCUUUUCUUAUUGUGAUAUAAUAAUAAACUUUAAAGUGAAUAUAAUAACUGAGGAGGCUGAAUGAAAAUGCAACCUCAAAACCUUAAUUUUCCUCUCCGGCAGUGAAGGCCAUUAGCAAGACAAAGGUCGCCUCCAUGGAGCCAGCAGAGUCUUUGUAGAAGGGCGAGGGGGGGUGAAAAACAGCCAGAUUCAGCAUUUUAUGGACGAAACCUGAGCCUGGGAGUUUACUACAAGGUCUUUAUUGAUGAUGGCGGAUUUUGUUACACCGCGACACAGCGCGGUGAUGGAGAGGCUCCGCCGGAGGAUCGAGCUCUUCCGGCAGCAUCACAACAGCUGUGAGAGCCGCUACGAGGGAGCAACGCUGGAGAGGCUGGAGCUGGAGAGGCAGCAGACCUUCAGCCUGCACCAACGCUGCCUGCAGGCCAAAGCCAAGAGGUCCAACAAGCACCGGCAGCCCCAGCAGCCCAGCAGUGACCAGACUGGACAGAGAGCACAGGGAGGAGGAGCAGGAGGAGGAGGAGGAGGAGGAGGAGGCAGCACGGAGCUGGGAGACAGCGGAGGGACGGCGGCCGAGCAGAGCCGGAACAGCACACUGAUAGCGAGUCCUCCCAGGGCCUCCUUCCUAUGGAGUUGAGUAACGUGAAGACGGAGUACUCCCCCGCCUCCUUCGAGCAGGUGCAGGACUCUCGCACCGGCUCUCCCCACGUCAGGUCCACGUCCUCCGGGCCUCCUCCUCAUCCCACCAGCUCCCCUGUCGCCUCCUCCUCCGCUUCCUCCCCGGCCAUGGCCCCGUCCCAGCCGGCUCCUCCGCCCAGGCAGCUCCAACCUCCCCCCAAUCACCACCUCCAACCGGGCCCCCCGGUGCCCAAAGACCUGUCCCCCGCCCAGCAGCUCCAGCAGCUGGCGGCCCAGCAGCAGAGAGCGCAGCACCUCCACAGCCAGCUGCAGCACAAACAGCCACAACCGGGGGCCAAGUUCCACCCGCAGGGGCCUCACGCCCACCCCCAGGCGUGGCCUCAGAUGGCCAACCCCUCACAGAGCCCACUAGGGGGCCCGUUCGGCAUGGACAAACCCACGAGCCCCUCCCUGUACCCGCAGGACUUCAACCCCAACGCCCAGAAGCAGCUGCUGAUGUCCGGUCAGGCCAAUAAAGUGUCUCCCAAAGCGGGGGCCGGCGGCUACAUGCCGGGGCCCGCCGGACACCCUAACAUGCUGGGCCACCCGGCCCAGGGGCCGCCGCUCAGCCACCCGCCGGCACCAGGGGCCCAGGUCACGGCUGCCAUGCUGAACUACAACAACACCAAACCUCUGUCGCACUUUGAGGCGGGGCCUGGCCCCCCCCGGGGGCCCCCAAACACGCAGAGCCAGAACAAGGCGGCUCUGCUGUCGCUUCUCAGACAGCAACAGAUGAAGCAGAAGACAAACAUGAACUUCACCCGCCAGCAUUUACCACACACACAGGACCAGAACAGCUACCCGGCUCCUCCACACGGCCCGGGGCCCGCCAACACCAUGACGUCGGCUCCCGGUAACAACACCAUGACAGCCCAGCCCGGGGCCAACGCCAUGGCGGGUAACCACGGUAACGCAGCGUACCUGAACAGCCAGGCGGUGGCGGCAGCACUGAAACAGCAGCAGCAGCAACAACAUCAGCAGCAGAUACUGGAGCAGCAGAAGCAGCAGUACAUGCAGAGACAGCAGAUCAUGGUUGAACAGGAGAAGCAGCGGCAGCAGGACCAGCAGCUGCAGAGACACCUGACCCGACCCCCCCCUCAGUACCAGGACCAGCCAGGACAGCCGGCCAAUCAGAACCCUUUCCCACAGCAGCCAGUCAACCAGUUUACAGCUUCCUCUCAGCCAAUGGGCAGUGUCGGUUCGAUGGGAGGUCCCGCCUCCGGCUCCCAGCGCAUGUUUCCCCAGAACCAAAGCAUGCUGGGAAUGGCGCUGGGUCAGGGGGGGGGGGCCGGAGGCGUAGCCCCGCCCCCGACAGGAAGUCAGGGUGACCUCAGUCUGGCGUCCUGCGGCGGGGGAGGCGGGGGGGGCGUGGAUGUACAGCAGGUGCUCUACAACAACAUGAACCUUCACCCCUCCCACCAGACCCAUGCACCCCCCCCCUCCCACCAGACCCACGCACCCCCUCCCUCCCACCAGGCCCACGCGCCCCCCCAGCCGGGCCUGCAGCGGCAGCCUCUGGGCGCCAUGUCUGCCGCCUACAGGCAGAGCCUGCUGCAGCAGCAUCUGAAGCAGCCGCCCAACGCCGCCUUGCUGAAGCAGCAACUCGCUGCCCGCAUGCCGGGCGCCAUGCAGAACAGUCUGGGGGGGAACCUGCCCGGGUCCAUGCCGGGCGCCAUGCAGGGGGGGGGUCAGAGCGCCGCCUGGCAGCAGCAACUGUCAAACCAGCCGCCCUCCGGUAACGCCUUCCCCACCAACGCCAACGCCUUCCACCUGCAGCAGGCGCGCCUCUCCAAAAUGCAGACCGCAGGCUUCGGGGGCAACCCGGGGGGGCGGCCGAUGGGUGGGAUGACUCCCGGCCAGCAGCAGAUGAUGCAGACUAACAUGGCCGCCGCCCAGCAGAGGGCGCCGCCCGCCCCUCAGAGCCUCGGCCAGCCGAUGGCCAAUCAGCAGCAGACUCAGCAGCAGCAGGCCAAUCAGAGCCAGGCCGUGCUCCCCGACCUGGCGGCGUUCGGACAGCCGCCCGGCAACGGUCGCCAGGGACUGCAGUGUAACCAAGGUUACCAGGUGAGCAGGACAGCCAGUCAGCAGCAGCAGCAGGUGUCGUUCGGGUACAACGUUGCGGCGGGAAGUUUCGCCCCCGAGAGCGAGCUGGUCGACUCGCUGCUGAAAGGUCAAAGCCAGGAAUGGAUUGCCGACCUGGACGAGCUGCUCGCCUCACACCACUGACCUGCUGACCCCGGGUCACCUGACCUGACCUGCUGACCCCGAGUCACCUGAUCUGACCUGCCGACCCCGGGUCACCUGACCUGACCUGCUGACCCCGGGUCACCUGACCCACUGAGCUGCACCUGCAGAAAGGAAACACAGCGCUCCCAUCUGAUUGGCUGACGUCACACAUCCAGACAGGAAGUCGAGCGGCGUCUGUUUCCUGCUGAACUGAUGAUGAUGAUGAUGAUGAUGAUGAUGUCACAUCUUUAAACCAGCUGACUAAACGUUUCUGAUAAAGACGUCUGCAGAAAAUCUGUCGGCUGAGCGCUGGAGGUUAAAAAUCAAUAAUCAGUCAAAUCAAUAAAAUCAAUAAUCAAUAAAAUCGAUCGCCGGUUAUAAACUGAAACAGUUCAGACGAGCUCGAGUGUUUAACUUCAGUCAUAAGUUAGUUUAAAGUAAAUCACUUCUGGUAGAACUCAGCUUCUGAUUGGUCUGAUUAACUGAUCAAUCAGCUGAUCAGAAGUUAAACUAGUCUCACACUUUGCAGUGUUUCAAGUUUUAUGUUUAUUAAUCAAUCAAUCAAUGAAUUUAUCAUUUAAUCAGUUAAUCAAUCAGUUUGUCUGUAAACUCUACAAAGACUCUGAUGAGAUUCUGACUACAAAACAAACUCAAUGAAUCAAAAAUGAAUUUAAAAAAGUUCAUUAACCAGUUAUUUUUUACAGUGUUCAGUUUGUUCAACAUGUUUAACUCUUCUGCCUCCUUCCAAAAAUAUCAGCGUUAAAGGAUUGAUAUAAAAAUAUUAUAAAUUAAUAUUAUUUGCUUUAACAAACAUCAGUCCUGAUAAUAAAUAUCAAAUAUUCAUUUUCAGGAUUUUAACCCUUUAAAUGUUUGUUUACAUUUAACGCCUGUUCUUUAAAAUGAUAAAAACCACAAAGACUGAAUUAUUUUCUAUAACCUGAAUGCAAAGUUAAUUAUAUUGUUGGGAUUAUAAAUCAAUGAUUAACAACAACAUUGAUUCUGAUGCUUUAUUAUUUUUGUGCAGUGUCAGAUUAAAAAAAAAAAAUCCCCAUUGAAACCCAUUAUAUAAUUAUACAUUAUAUAACUACGUUUGUGAUGAUUAAAAUAAAAAAUAUAUAUUAAAAAGAAUAAACGCAGCCCAAGAAAAUAACAACUGAAAAGCCAAAAAUGUCCUUAAGGAGGCAAAAAGGGUUAAAAGUAAAAGUUUCAUUGAUAUUUAAAUGAAGUAAAAUCAUCAUUUAGUUUUUAAUUGUUUCUGAGCUCGUCUGUUUCUGAUUCAUCAGGAAAUUAACUUCUGAUCAUUAAACAGCUGAUUCAGAGUCUCAGAUGUUAUUUAGAGAUUUCCAUAAACCGAUGGAGGAAUUAAUAAUAAUAAUAAUAAUUAGAUUCAGUUACAGUCCAAUAAUUCAUAAUAAUUAAUAGUUUAAUGUGUGAAAAGCUCGUCAGACUGAAAACUCUCCCGGAGCUUUCACCUUCAUCCUGUGGUCUUCCUCAGCAGGUUCAGCAUCUGUUCUAACUGAGCCGACUACUGAACCUCCGAGCUCACUAAUGAACCACUGUAACACCCCCCCCCCCCCCCUCCCAACCCCCCCUCCAGAACAGCAGCGAUGCAUUGAGUCAUUUUAAAGGACCAAACCUG